CAUGGUAAAAGGAUCUCAUCAUAUUAGGAUCUCAUCACUUCUUGCCAAAAGAGGGGUGGGGCGGACGUCCCAAACUGGCUGAUUCUCACCCACUUGUCAUGGAAGUGCCUCUCUCUGCAUCAUCCGAUUGCAAAUAAAAGCAAAAUCGGUUCCUAAGUGCAAUAGUUGAGCGUAGUUUCACUUUUACAUUAUGGAUUUCAACCUAGACAUUUUUUUCAUCAUUGCUACACAGCAUAAAUCGCAAGAACAUAGUGACCCGUGACAUGAUGAAACUUCAAACUUCAAACACUGCAAUAUAGGUGUAGAUCUAUCUCUAAAUGGCCAUAACCCUGAUUUUUUAUCCAGGAAAAUAAAAUCGUUUUCCUCUUGAAAAAGAAAGAAAGAUAAAAAAAAGAAACUUUUUUUGUAAGAAGGCGAAUUCAGCCCGCGGUAAAAGCAGAUGCCCAGUCCGGGAGUCCGGACCCACCGAACGCUACAAGUGUCUGCAUCAACAGUGGAACAAAGGGUGACUGAAAAAAAAAACCACGCGGCAAGAAGAGGGGUAAAAAAUGGAGGCGUCCGCGGACGGGGGGGCAGCGGCCGCCGCAGCCUCGCGAACGAUGCGGUGGGCGGGCCGCGCGGGGCAUCUUGGCGGCGUCCCGCGCGCCGCGAUGUUCGCCGCCGUGGGCGCGUUCGCCAAGGCGUACGCCUCGCUGCUCAACACCACCACCGUCCACAACGCCGACGACCUCCUCCGACUCGUCUCGUCGAGGCCCGCUGGCACGCCGCUCCUCACCGUCAGCAACCACAUGUCCACGGUAGAUGAUCCGCUUAUGUGGGGAUUCAAGGGUUUUCCCACUACAGAUGCACAACUUGGAAGGUGGGUGCUGACAGCAGAAGAUAUCUGCUUCAAGAAUGUAGUUUUGUCUUACAUGUUUCGACUUGGGAAAUGCAUACCGAUCACAAGAGGCGCAGGAAUCUAUCAAGACCAUAUGAAUGAAGCCCUUGAAGUACUUAGCGAUGGAGGCUGGUUGCAUUCAUUCCCUGAAGGAAAAAUAGCACAAGAUUCUCAGCCAAUUAGAAGAUUGAAGUGGGGAACUGCCAGUCUUAUUGCCCGAGCACCUAUAACUCCAAUAGUUUUGCCAAUUGUUCACUCAGGCUUUGAAAAGGUCAUGCCAGAGAAAUUAUUCUUUGGACGGCGACCACCAGUGCCACUCUGCAACAAGGAGAUAGAGAUCAUCGUUGGAGAGCCAAUAGAGUUCGACAUGGCAAGCUUGAAGCAGGAAGCAUCAAUGGUACCCCGUGAUUCAUCCUCCGAAAGGAAGGGGUCGUCGACCGUCACAUUGGAUGGGCUAGACGAGGCUGCGCAGAGAUGGCUUUACCAGAAGAUGUCGGAUAAGAUCCAAUCUGUCAUGGAGAGAUUGCGGAAAACACUUCUGAACUUGAAGCAGCAUUGAUCUUUUUUUUAUUCUUCUACAGGCAAUGGCAGGGUUCUUGUGUUUUUGCGAGUACCUUCUCGAAUUGCUGGUUAGGAUUCAUAAACUAGCUUCAAUUGGUGCAUGCACAAAUGGGCGAAUUGGGAGUAGGGGUACGUUACACCUGCCGAAAUGAUGAACCAAAGCGGCGCCGAUAGAGUUAGAGCUCAUAGUGUUACAUGCCGAGUCUUUUUAUUUUUGGGGCAGUGGUCAUGAAAGAUUUCUUCAUUAUUUAUGAUCAACUGUUCAAAUGCCAUUUUACAGAGGCAUGAAUAAAUCCAUCGACUGUUUAACUA